GUUCAGCAAUCAUAUCAGACAGUACCUGAAAUAGCCAUCGUAUUAACGAUUCUCGUUACAUUGUUAUUAGCCAUAAGUGGGAUCACGUACCGCUAUCGACGGCGUUGUCUCAAUACAAAAUGUCGACGGUCCUCCUUGAACCCUUCUCCUAUGAAUUUGAAAAAAGGUGUGUUGUUGGCAAAUAAAUAUACACCAAAUCCUCAAUACUUCACAUGCAUCUCUCCAGAAGUACCUAUCUUGCGCCGAGAUUGUCUUAUGUUUCUUCACGAUAUUGGUGAAGGGUGCUUUGGAAAAGUUUACAAAGGUGAGCUACGUUGCGGGGACUCUAUUGAGACCGUCGCUGUAAAAGUAUUGAAGGACUCAGCCUCUCGGGAAGCUGAAGAUGAUUUUAUGCGUGAAGUCGAAAUUAUGUCUGCCUUUAGACACCAAAACAUUCUUUCACUAAUCGGAGCCGUCCUACGAGAUGCCGGGAACAGUCCUUGGAUGGUUUUCGAAUACAUGCCACACGGGGAUCUAGCUGAAGUUCUUAGAGCUAAUUCAAGACAGCUGAAAACGCCCACGCCAGGAUUACCACCUUUAACUACGGAUUCGCUCUACUGGAUAUCAACACAAAUCGUAGCUGGUAUGGCGUAUUUAUCAGCUCAAAGAUUCGUACAUCGUGAUCUUGCUUGUCGUAACUGCCUUGUGGGCUCCGGACUCAUUGUCAAAAUAGCCGAUUUUGGUAUGUCGCGAGACAUUUAUACCUGCGAUUACUACAAGAUUGGAGGUUCACGUCUUCUUCCUGUCCGAUGGAUGUCUCCCGAGAGUGUAAUGUAUGGCCGCUUCACUCUUGAGAGCGACGUUUGGAGUUUCGGUGUAGUGCUCUGGGAAGUCUAUUCCUUUGGGAAGCAACCAUAUUACGGACACAAUAACGAAGAGGUAGUGAAGUUAAUUCUCCAAGGAAUCAUGCUCAUCCCUCCAGAUGACUGUCCACCAUUUAUCUGUAACAUAAUGUGUGAAUGUUGGAAAACUGAACCACGGGAUCGUCUCACUUUUUCUGAUAUUUUGAAAAGACUCGAAAGUGUUAAAGAAAAAGAACGCUUGUGUCAAGAAGGAAGUUUCCCCCGACCACCGCAAGGACCCAUUACAGUUCGCUCGCCCGAUGUACUGGAUCUUGAUGGAUAUUUACUUCCUGCACCCACGACUCCUUGUGAAUAUCUACAACCUUUACCGUCACUUAUAGACUGACAUCGCACAAUGUACAUCUCUUCGAAAUAAUUAACAUCACAGAUCCUUAUUAGAAAAUGACGAAUUACUUAUAUCAUAAAUUAAGUUUCUCAAUCAAGUCAAAUGAUUCGUCGUCUUCUAAAUUCCUUUUAUUAAAUUAUGUGUUACGCUUAACCAUAAUUGUGUGUUUUAUUACGUUAAGUGUUAACAUUUGCCAUUUGCCCCUUAAUAAAAUAGAUCAGCGAGGCUGACAAUGAAAUUCUUAACAAAAUCGACAGCAGGCUAAUGCCGCGCUAAAAAGUCUGGAUAAGAACACCUAUUCGAAGUUUUCUCCUUAGCUUCUAUGCUUCAGGGUUGUCAAUUAGGAAUCCUGUAAAAUUACUGCAAUGUGGAAUAGAAAAAGAAGAAGGUUCACUAAUAAUAUUAAAAUUAACAGACGAUACACAAUUAAAGAGACACAAAACCCUGAAACGCGCAAGUUUUAUCCGAACAAUAUGAUAACAAGAAUUCAUAAACGUUAAUCACUUUCCUAUCAAUAUUCUUACUUCCCUUUUCUACUUAUAUAUUAUAUAAAAAUCGCAUUAAUUUAAAAUUUAAUCAUGUUUCAAAAGAUUGCAAUAAAAAAGGUGCAUUGCAUGAAUUAAUUUGCCAUACCGAUAUUGGUGAAAUUGAUGAUGCGCCCGGCUAGAUUUCUGUAGCUCCCGGUUCGAACCCGGAUUGUGGCAGAUUUUUUCCCGAUUUCUGUUGCUUAAAAAGAAACAACUGUUUCUAGGCAGUACAGAGUUCAAACUCUAAAUCUUGCUUUGCCAAUUCGCCAUCAUUAAAAAUCCCAAAAGGCAGUCUAUCCAGGAUUUUCUUCACCAGAAGUCAUGGCAAUACGAAAAACUUUAAGUCAGAAGCACGUUUUUUUUACAGUCUGUUAUACCAUGACUAAUAAUCAUGGUCCCGGAACUGAAGAUGCCUUAAAAGAGUCAUCUCGGACACGCAAAAAUACUCCCACAAUGGAAAUUACAAAAUAUUUCUAAAACCUUAAUGUCCUCUGUAUUUCGAAAACGCUUCGUAGCUUAAUGCGGGUUUACGAUGUAGCUCAGUCUUAUCUUGCAUGCUCUAUUUUAUGACAGGUCCAAAAACGCCAUCUCACAUAUAUCGACAGUAGGUGUUUUUCGUCGUUUUUGGUAUAUAUUUAAAAUGUAUGUGAAUUAUAACGUUCAAUGUUAAAAAAAUAUCAAUACGAUCAUUUUUUAACCCUCCAGUAGUGAUAGCAUCAAUGUGCCGAUAGUCAUUACUCACGUGCCGACUGCUAAUACGCAUCCUUUAAUUGAAUUUUUCAGUUUUUUUAAAAAGUUGUUAACAUGGAAAGUAAUUGAAAACUUGUAAAAUAAAAUUAAUUUAUAUACACUGAUCAACGAAGAACCUUUACUUGUAAUUAUAAUUUACACAUCUGAUUUAUGAUUUAUUAUUUAUAUGAUGAAACUACUUAGCAUUUUAUUCUCCUCUACACUGUAAUAAAAUACCAAAAGAUAGGGUGUCAAUAACAUGAUGAUUACUAUAAAAAACGACCAAUUCUUUUCAGAUUGAACUAAAAAAUGUAGAACACCUUAUUAUUCGUGCACAGAUUUACAGUCCGUAAUCCUGAACACAAUCAAUUUGGUUAAUCGCCUAGCUUCGUUAAUGUAUAAGUAACUUAAAUAUCCAUAUUUAGCAAAUUAUUGAAAACAAGAAACCAUACAAUUCUUAAAUUUUUUCGGAAUUAAAAAAAAUCUAUUUGUGUGGAUUGGGAGUCCACGGCGGAUCUACCAGAGGAUUACAAAUACGCAUUUAUAACAAGUUUAAUUAAUAGCCUUCAAGGUACAAAUUUUUGUAGAAACUAUUGAAUAAUGUGAUCAGAGUAUACGGCUGCCCAGAUUAAAAUGCAUAUAAGUGCGCAUGCGCGCGUGUAACGUCUCUUCCGCUUUACUUGAGCACAAGGUUCACCAGUUAGUUCUACUACCCACACAGCACACUAUAUUUCGAAAACAUUACAACAAUAUUCCAAUAUUUCAUUGCGACAGCAAU